GAGGGUUUCUUCACUUCCUGCUCCUCUCCAUCUCGAUUUUUCCGAUACCCGGACGGAAAACGACAUCAGAAAUGUCGUCGUCCUCUGCGUCUUCCUACGACAUGCCAUGGGUGGAGAAGUACAGGCCCACCAAGGUCUCCGACAUCGUCGGCAACGAAGACGCCGUCUCGAGACUCCAGGUCAUCGCCCGCGACGGAAAUAUGCCCAAUCUCAUCUUAGCUGGUCCUCCUGGAAUUGGUAAGACCACUAGUAUUCUUGCUCUUGCACAUGAGCUUUUGGGACCAAAUUAUAGGGAGGGUGUUUUAGAGCUGAAUGCAUCUGAUGACAGGGGAAUAGAUGUGGUGAGGAACAAGAUUAAAAUGUUUGCCCAGAAGAAAGUAACACUACCUCCUGGGCGCCAUAAGAUUGUCAUCUUGGAUGAAGCUGACAGCAUGACAUCUGGAGCUCAACAAGCUUUGAGGCGGACAAUGGAAAUAUAUUCAAAUUCCACUCGGUUUGCUCUUGCAUGCAAUACUUCCUCCAAAAUCAUUGAGCCUAUUCAGAGUAGAUGUGCUCUUGUCCGGUUUUCUAGAUUAACUGAUCAGGAGAUACUUGGUCGUCUAAUGAUAGUGGUCCAAGCUGAAAAGGUUCCUUAUGUUCCAGAAGGUCUGGAAGCAAUCAUUUUUACGGCUGAUGGUGAUAUGAGGCAGGCACUGAAUAAUCUGCAAGCUACAAACAGUGGAUUCCGGUUUGUCAACCAAGAGAAUGUUUUCAAGGUCUGCGACCAGCCGCAUCCAUUGCAUGUAAAGAAUAUGGUUCAUAACAUACUUGAAGGGAAAUUUGACGACGCGUGUUCAGGUCUGAAGCAGCUGUAUGAUAUGGGUUACUCCCCCACUGACAUAAUCACAACUUUUUUCCGUAUCAUCAAAAAUUAUGAUAUGGCUGAGUUUUUGAAACUGGAAUUCAUGAAGGAAACUGGGUUUGCUCACAUGAGAAUCUGCGAUGGAGUUGGUUCAUAUCUUCAGCUGUGUGGUCUUCUGGCUAAGCUUUCCCUAGUUCGUGACACAGCCAAAGCGACAUAAGAAAUAUCAACUACUACAAUCUGCCGUGUGCUGAUGGUUGUGAACAUUUAUCGUUUUGUUAACUCCGUAGUUUAGAAAUGCUUUGCAUUCUCAUGAGAAGUUGAUCGUUAUGCUGUUAUUAGUGAAGGGAAAAUUUACUUUGGACAAGUAAUGGAAAUUAGACAAUAAAUGUC